UUGGAUACUUUUGUAUUCUUUGGUUUGCAUAUUAUGCAAAAAACUCAAAAUAAAAUAUUUUAUUUAACUUUAUUUACUUGGGAGGCUGAGAGAGUAGGCAGUGCUGAUGUGUAACAAAAGGGCAUUAGUUUGUUCUUCACCACCGCCACCACACCACAUGACAAGUGUACGUGACAGCAGUGUUAUAAAAAGACGAGUAUCUGAGACAGGAGAGCGAGAAACCAGCAGGUCCUUCUACAGAUAAAGAUUUCUCUACAAAAAUCUCCUCCUGUGAUCAUCUCACGUGUUCUACUGAACUUCAACGUCAAGUUCCAGCAGCUUGUGCUAGAUUUCUGCUCUCCAUCACCUCACAAACACCUCAUACACUCCUCACACAAUCCUCGCACACUCCUCACACACACACACUCCUCCACUGUGUGUCAGGAUGAAGUUCCUCGCUCUGGUGCUCCUGCUCUCCGCUUUCUCCUCACUGACCCUGACGGAGGUUUUCAAUUCUUCAAGUUCUUUUAAAGAACACUGUCAUGACUUCUUCAUCCCGAACCCAGAAAAUCGAAAUGACAGCAUCAUCCCCACUAUCUUCCCUGGAGAUCAGUAUAAGAAGAUUUGUCAGCGCUGGAAAAACGAAUACAGAUUUGCCACCGUGUAUGACACUAAGAGGAGGAUCCCUGUUUACUCAGCCUACACGUUCUUACAGAAAGGGAAGACUAAACGCCACAAGAAGUGGAAAAUUGAACCUCAGCUUGAAAAUAUCGAAGAAUAUAAAGAAAAGAAAGAGAUGAUGGAUUCCCCGACAGAUGAGGAAACUGUGAGAAAUAUAAUUAACCAGGCUGUGAAAUCAGAUUAUAAUGUCAGUAGUUAUACUCGAGGUCACGUGUUUCCAUGUAGCUUUGCUGCUAAUCAGGAUCAAGCAGAUUCCACCUUCACUUUAACCAACAUAGCACCACAAACAAGAAAAAGCAACAACAAAUGGGAAAGGCAAGUGGAGGAACCAAUGCGUAAAGAAAUAAAUGAAACUUGUAGGCUAGACCAAAAUCACCAGGCGUACAUUGUGACUGGGGUCGUUCCAGGGAAUAAAUGGUUACCCCUAAAAGGUAAAGGAAGAGAGAAGGAAGAAGGUAUUAACAUUCCCAGUCAUUUUUGGAGCGCUUUCUGUUGCACUAAUAAAACUGAUCAUAAGAAAAACAUAUUAAUGACCUACAUCGCUGAGCUAGAGAACUUUAAAGUCCAAAAGCCCACCAUUGAUGACCUGAAUAACCAACUCACUGAGUUGUAUGGUCAGGAUUUCAGUGUGUUUCCAGGAUUAAAGUUGAGAAAAUAGAGGCUCUUUUCUAACCGGAAAUUCUCUAUUUAAAUCUAAAAAUCGCAUAAAAACAGCUUCAUUCAAUUAAUGCUGAUUAAAACACAUGCAACAAGAAACAUAAAAAUGCUCUAUUAUAUUAUUACAUCUCAUCGUCUGAUACAUUUUUAAUCAUAUUAAAUCAAGGUGUUUAUUUACGGCUGCUUUCACUCUCGGCCAGCGCACGAUUUACAGAUGAACUCUACAGGAAGUAGACUUUUUUUGUCAUACUGAAACUUUUUUAGCUCCUGACCAAUCAAAUCACAAAUUGGGGGGUGAAUGAGAAAAACAACCAUGGAGGACAAAGUGCUGGUGAAUAUCAAGAGGUUUACGACAUGUCAGAUGGAAAAUAACUCUUUGUUGAUAUUCACAUUAAUCUUUAUUUCAUCUGGAUUACUGAGAAUAAUAGAUGUAUUCUGGAGCACGAGCUAGGCUAGGUAGUUAGCCUUUACCAGCUACCACUCUAAGAGCGUUGUUAUGGUUACAGUGUUCAUGUUGGAUUUCAUCUUCUCCAUCAGCACAAAAGGAGGAACAGGCAGCGAUUUUCCUGUUACAGAAGUGUAAAAGCAGCGUAAAGGACACUUUGUUGACCUUCAUUUUUCCUGGAACACUUUCCUGUACACUCAUGCAAAAAGCUUUUUAAUCAACAUUGUUAGAUUUGCUACUCUUGCAAUAAAAGCUACUUUUAAACAAUAUGCAAAUAUUAUGUUCAAAAUAAUUAAAUCAAUUAAAUAAUUAAAUCUCUCUGUUAAUUAUCCUGCAGAUCUUCAAUAAAACUUUACUGUUUGCAGUGAAAGUGGA